AGAACCAUGGACCACGGAAUAACGAAACUAAUAAAGAAAUCAAAGAAAACACCUCGCAGAGGAGAUUAGUUAAGCAUAUCAAAUCAUAUCUCGGCGAUGCGCCACGCCGUCACGCCGUUUUCUGUCAACGAUACGCCAAUAAUUCUAAACAAGUCAUUGAUAUUCGGGGUUUUCUGUCGCUGACACGCUAAAAACAGAAUUUUUUUUUUCUACGCCAAGGCAUUUUUCUUAGCCCACGCCGGACAUAUUCGGGCCUACCUACAUGAAAUGCACCCUGGGAUUAAUGUACAAUUCCGAAAAUGAUGCAGGCACAAUCUACGGUAACAAUCCAGCUUCCUUUCAGUACAAAACCAAGAAAAGAGGUGGGAAUUCGCCGUUCGCAGCGGGGGUCUAGCAGUAAGCGGCCGGUUUUUAGUGUAAUUUCAUCAAAUUAAGCAUAAAAUCAUUUGAAAUUGUUCUUGUUAAGCGAGCAAUACAGCAAAUCCAUUUUCCUUGAAGGAUCAUUGUUGUAUAAGAAUCAUCAAAGUAUGUUGAUUCAUAAAAAAAUUAACGAUUUCUGACCUAAACUCCACAGAAUCAUAAGGUUAUUACGCAGUUCUAUUCAUUUGAGGUCCACGUGCAGCAACAAAGCACUCAAGAAGUUGAAAGAUAGAAAACAGCAAAAGUUUGGUGCAUUAGAAAGGAAUCUUACUCCGACAAUAAAUAAACAAAAUACAAUUUACAGAUAGCAAUAAUUCUUUAUAGAUUUAGUCUUUUUAUCCAGUGUCAAGUUUUUUCUUGUUUUAUUGUGCGACUUAACACCAGCAUGAAUGCCAUAAAUUUCGGUUCCAAGGUCUGAGAAUCACAUUUGCGUAAUAAUUAUUGCUUGAAACGGUCUUUGAUCUAGAUGAAGAACAGUAACAAUUAUGAAAAUGUUUUUCCUUUGUCAAAGCAAAUAGGAAAAUCGAUAUAUAGUCGUAAUGAUUUGAAAAAAUUUCAGAAAUAAAGGUUCGCGGCGAGUCUAGCCACCCCUAUUAGUGACCUGUUUUUAGUGUAAUUUCAUCAAAUUAAGCAUUAAAUCAUUUGAAAUUGUUGUUGUUAAGAGAGCAAUGCAGCAAAUAAAUUUUCCUUUAAGCACAAAACUACGAAGGUGGUAAAACAUUAAGAGAAACACAUUCACGUUGGAUCUAGCGACCGUUUCUUAGUGACAGGUUUUUAGUGGAAUUUUAUCCAAAUAAGCAAAAAUCAUUUGAAAUUUUUUCUAGAAUGUUUCAUCUACAAUUCCUAAAAUGUUGUCAAAGCUAGAAUUAAUUUUAACUCAAGGGGUAGGCAAAUCAUAUUUGUCUCGAUGGGAAAAUCACAGAAAAAAGUCAAAUUUUAAUCAAAAAUACUCACUUGUUGUACCAAGACGUCAGCGAAUCCCAUCGUUCAUCUGGAAAGAAGCAAAGAAGCUGAUUAGGGAAAAUUGCUGCAAAGGAUUCUUGUCAAGCAUGGAAAAGUUGGGGGCUGGCAUUACAUAUUUAGCAUUACAACGGAUUUCCUAUGAAAAUCAAAUUUUCUUGCAUCAAGAAUAAAUAGCAGGAAAAAUCUACCACAAUUCUUCAUACUUUGAUAAUAGAGCCAAUCCAGUUGCCAUUUAGCACAAAACUAUGAGAAGAGGUAAAAAUUGGCUGUUCGCUGUAGGGGUCUAGCAGCAAGCGACCGGUUUUUAAGGUCCGGUUUUUAGUGUAACUUCAUCCAAAUGAGCAUAAAAUCAUGUCAAAUAAUAAAUUUCGAAACACGUAAGAACAACAAUGCUUACUUGUAUUCGCAUGCCAUCAAUUCUGAUGCCAGUGAAGAAGGGGAACAGCCAGCAGCCAUUGCAAAACCAAAUAUCAGGCAGCAGCGUGUGUACCGUACAUAGCUACUAAAACGAAAAGAAGAUCGUCAAAAGCACAAAUUACAUGACUCUUGCAAACGAAAUAAGAAACGGGGUUCAAUCGUCAAUCAAUAAAAAAUCAGUUGAUAAAAAAAGCUAAGGAGACUCACCUGAGAUCAAGAGCACCCACUACUGACUGUAGCUGUAGCACAGAACAGAACUAUCUUCGAGAAGCACGUUUUUUGGCCUUAUGAACCCUCCUCCCUUUAAAAAGAAUCUAAUCACACAUUCAGUGGGGGACUGGGAUAAAACUUUGCUAUUUUAUUCAUAACCCUGACGCACAUUUCCAGAAAGAGCAAACAUGCAAUCUCAAGUUUUGGAAAGUUAUGUAGGGAAAUGUCAAAUCCUGUGCCAUCAGCCUUUUUUCUGUUAUCAUGGUUGAAUUCUGGGAUUUGACAGACGUGUUUUGCUGAGUUUAUUCUACAGGGAGCUGUUUUUAUAUGAGAAAACUAUUACCAAGAGUUUAAUGUUGCAAGGGGGUUGUAGCUGGAAGAAGCAGAAUGUUAAUACCCACAGGGCUUCUAAUUACAACUUUGACAAGUUGUCUUCUUCCACAAUUUCAUCAUCGGUACUGUCAUCAUCUUUGUGCGCAUUAGACGUUGGGGUUUCUUUGAUGUUUGAUGUUUUUGGUGUGGAUCAAGCUGGCUUCUUAUUUGCAAGUUGUGUGCAUGGACGACCUUCUUGCGAUCAUGUUGCAACAAUUGAAUGAGUACUUGAAAAUUAGCAGCUAAUGGUGAAGCACAAAGCUAUACAGAUGCAACACUCUAGAUGUUAUGUUUGCAAGGCAGUUUUAGAGCACAUGAAUCAUCCAUUUAAGGGCUGAUUUAUACGUCGCGCUUAUCUCGCACCAAAUCUAAUAUAAUUAGAACCGACGAAAGCGCGAGUUUGGCGCGACAAAGGAGUUUGAUUUUGAUUUAGACGAUGAACUUUCGUCGUGCCAAUAGCAAAAUACACUUCUGCGAGUUGCCAGCCACAGGGAACCAAUAAACUGAAAACACUCGAAGCAAAGACAAAUCACGUAUGGCGCCCUUCACGCAUCUAAAGAAAGUGCUUCUUCUGAAGUCGCUUAUUGGAGCCAGGAGAAGACGACAGAAUAUGCAAGCAAUGAUGAUUAAUUUGAUGAACAGAAGACGGUGUAGGCUUUUGCGAAUUCUUUUUUUGCUACAGUUGAUUCUUACUGGUUUACAACAAGCAGUUGCAGUGCCUAUUAGGCCUAGGAUAAGAUCAUGCCGUAGGUUGCAGCGAAACACUGGUUGGUGGAACCUCGUUUGGACAGUAUAUUCCGAGAAAAGGUUUAAAAAGACAUUUAGAAUGACUAGGCAAACAUUUUCCUUAAUUCAUGAUAGAAUCAAGGAUGAUUUAACGAAGGAGAGCGUCACAGAAGAACCAAUUCCAUCCCAGAUGAGACUAGCAAUUUGCUUGUAUCGACUCAGUAGAGGAGACUACUACAAUACCAUUUCAGAGCUAGCUGGUGUCGUUGAAACAACUGUGUGCAACAUAGUGAGAGAGGUAGCUAAGGCAAUCAUUGAAAAUUUAUGGGAAGAAUUUGUUGAGGCCAAAUUUCCACAUAGCAAGGACACGCUGAAUGAGAAAAUGAAAGAAAUGGAACAAGAAUGGCAGUUUCCUUUUGCAUAUUCUGCAAUUGAUGGGUGUCACAUACCAAUUAAGUGCCCACCUGGUGGCCAAGAGUCAUGUAAAGAAUUUCAUAAUUUUAAGAAUUUCUACUCAAUCGUUCUAAUGGGAAUGGUAGAUGCCAAAUAUCGAUUUAUAUGGGCAAGUGCUGGUUGGCCUGGCAAUUCACAUGAUGCCAUAAUCUUUCAAGCAACAAACCUUUAUACCAAACUAGCUGAAGGUACAGCCUUUCCACCUAUUGCCCAUCAUGAGAAUGGCGUCAGUAUUCCACCUUUAAUCCUGGGAGAUUCUGCCUUCCCCUUCAAGCCUUGGCUGCUGAAGCAUUACACAAAGCCAGAGCAGAGCUAUUUCAAUUAUAGGUUGAGUCGUGCACGCAUGGUAACAGAGUGUGCAUAUGGACAACUGAAAGGUCGAUGGAGAGUCUUGCUCAGGAAGUCUGAGAAUGAUAAGGAAACAGUACGUGCAGUUACACUAGCUUGUGUAGUACUACAUAACAUUUGCAUCGAACAAGGAGAUUUGGCUCAAAGGCAAUGGGACCUCUCCAAAGAUUCAGCAUCAAAUCAAAGACGUACACAAGAAGAAGUCCAAGACCUUCUUAUGAUAAGGCAAUGCAGACCUCUAAGAGAUACAAAUCGUUCUGCAGCACAGGUUCGUGAUUAUUUGAAAGACAAGUUAUUUUUAGAAAAGCAGCAAGUUUAGGGGAUGCAAAGCUCCCAUACUUUCAAUACUCUCCCUCCCUUAAUAGUAUCCCCCCUAACUCCAAAAUUUUACAAAAUUGCCAUCUAUUUCCAUUUAUUAAAACCCCCCUAAAAAGGAAAAAAAUGCUUUUUUCCAUCCACCCCCAUUUAUUAGACAACAUCCCAAAGGCUUUUGGCAGCUAUUUUUGAUAUUUUGCAAGAUUCAAGGGGCUAUUAGAAGCACUGAUUGGCUUCUACCCCAUUUGAGAGCAGAACGCUGAUAGGUUGUUUACAUUUUUCCUCCUUGUUAUAUGAAUUGGUAUAGUAUCUUUUAGUAUCGAAAUAUCUUUUCAACAAAAUGUAAAAAAGUUAAUGUUACCCCCCAACUAUUAACAUCACACCCCUAUUUAAGCGCUGCAUGACAAAAUCAACCCAUUUCCAUUUAUUAACACCCUCCACAAUUAUUUAUCCUGGGCAAAUUUCCAACUGCCUCUUUUUAAUA